UAUAUAUAUAUAUAUAUAUAUACACAAGGAAGGAAAAGCUUUCAAAGUAUCCGAGAUUAAUUCUCUUCUACAUCCUCUUCUCUCUCAAAGAUACUUAUGAGAUACCUCUCAUGUGCUCUAUCUUCCCUCCAUUAAUGUCUUCUUUACUCUUCUCUGAAACUUUAACCUGCAACACUUUCUUCUCUAUUAUGGCACUUCUCUUCUCUCUACUCUUCUGGGUUUCUCUUUCUUCUCUCGUCUUUAUCAUUCACCGCACAUCACAUCGCCGGCGGCUUCGUUUGCCGCCAGGGAACCUGGGUCUUCCCUUUCUCGGAGAGACUCUGCAGUUGAUAUCUGCAUACAAGACUGAAAACCCAGAACCCUUCAUUGAUGAACGUGUGAACCGGUUUGGUUCGUUGUUUACCACCCAUGUUUUUGGCGAACCGACGGUUUUCUCUGUUGACCCGGAUACGAACCGGUUCAUCCUUCAAAAUGAAGGGAAGUUGUUUGAAUCUAGCUAUCCAAGUUCUAUAUCCAACUUGCUUGGAAAACAUUCUUUGUUGCUUAUGAAGGGAAGCCGCCAUAAAAGAUUGCAUUCUUUAACCAUGAGUUUUGCUAAUUCAUCCAUUAUCAGAGACCAGCUUUUGGUUGAUAUAGACAGGUUGGUUCGAUUCAACUUGGAUUCCUGGACCGACCGGGUUUUUCUCAUGGAAGAAGCCAAGAAGAUAACGUUUGAGUUAAGCAUGAAGCAGCUGAUGAGUUUUGAUCCAGGAGAAUGGACAGAGAGUUUAAGGAAAGAGUAUAUGCUUGUUGUUGAAGGAUUUUUCACUUUGCCUUUGCCAAUCUUCUCUACUACAUAUAGGAGAGCCAUCAAAGCUAGAACUAAGGUGGCAGAGGCUUUGAGCUUGAUAGUGAGACAAAGAAGAAGAGGAAGUGAGGGAGGAGAGAGAAAAAAGGACAUGUUAGGAGCUCUUCUCUCCGCCGAUGACGGCGGCUUCUCCGACGAGGAAAUAGUAGAUUUCUUGGUGGCUCUUCUCGUUGCUGGCUACGAAACCACCUCUACUAUAAUGACUCUUGCCGUUAAGUUCCUCACCGAGACUCCUCUUGCUUUGGCUCAGCUCAAGCUUCUAGCCAUGAAAGUUGCCAAGGGCAAGGGGGCACCCAGGAAGGACAACAAGGAAACUUUAAAGCCUCUACAGGAUAGGUGAUCUUGAUCAUGUGAUUGAAGGUGGGGAAAGCUGGAGGAGAGAGGUGGAAAGCUUUCUCUGAUGCAGAGAAAGCUCCUUAUGAAGCCAAAGCAGCCAAAAGGAGAUCAGAAUAUGAAGAGCUUAUUUCAGCCUACAAUGAGAAACAGCCGAGUUUAGACGAUGAUGAUGGUGAUGAAGAGUCCGAAAAAUCUAAAUCUGAAGUGAGUGAAGAAGUAAUUGUAAUACUAUUGUCAGCCAUUGAUGUCUUGCAGUUUACAGUAUUUAAAUUUUAUUAAAUACUAAAUAAUAUUUUAAAAUAUUUUUUUAAAAUAAAAUAAAAUUAUUGAUGAAAUGAGAUCCAGAAAAUAGGAUUUAUAAAGCGUUUUAUAAGUUUAGCCAAAAAGCCAUUGAGAAGAGAGUGUUUCUUCUUUUUAUCUGUUUUCAUUGUCUGUCAGUGACGUGUAACGACCUGACUUCCAUUGGCCACCUGUCUCUGCCAUACUGAUACGAUCGUACGAGGAUAUCAGAUUUCUAUCCUAUGCAUAACGGCCUCUGAUUCCUCGGGCGCACAUGUGGAUGGACCCACAAAACAGACGGGUCGAUCCCCUUCUUGAUUCGGAACUGGGCCUGAAGAUUGGAUUAAAGUUGAGCUCAGGUAUGAUCUAUUUAAUAGAUCGUGUGGACUGGAUCGGCCUGGUUGAGAAAAUUAACUAGAGUUCGGUCUUAAAGCCGAGCGGAUCGAAUCUGACUCAUGCGGAAAACUUGAAGGCUUCCAAAUAAUGGACUGGUACCAUGAGUCUGGCCCCAGACCGGGGUGAGAAGAUCCAGCAGUCAUCAAUUAUAAUAGUUAAUUUUUAUGUUAUUAUAGUUUAAAAUAAAAAAAUAAUAAUAAUUUUAGAAUAAUUAAAAUAAAAAAUAAAAAAAAUUAUGAAAUAGGAGGAAUAAUUAGAAAGAGAUUAUUUGAUAGCAUUAACAAUAAUUCAGGUGUGUAAUGUUCAAACAUGUAGA